UUCACAAUUAUUCAGUUUACCUAUAUAGAUAAAGUUUUGAGAUGCCAAAAGGCACAGUAUUGUGGUAAUGACCCAAAUAUAGGUCGACUGUCAGGGGACCUCUAACUGCCCGAAGCCUGGACCAUAUGGAGGCCCGGUCACGCCAAAAAACUGAUCUCUCCGAUAAGAAGCUUUGAUUAUUGAUGCCGUCUUUGGCUGUCCAACACCAGAGAGGCUUAAACAGUCAAUGCGGGAGCCAUAUGCCUCAUUACCGCCUGGACGCCCUCUGAUUUAUCAGCGCUAGCGAACGGCUGACCAGGGAGGAUUUGGCAUCUGUUGAGCUGGAGUUCAGGCCGGUUCUCGGCUGGUUAGCUUUAGUCUUCUAGCGUAGCCUCGGCAUCUUCUCCCAUCUCAACACCACUCCACAUGAGGUGCUCUGAUAGUUAUGGACUGAAGUGAUGAGUCUUAAAACCAAAACGCAGAGAUUUAGCCAGAAGAGUGAGAAGGUUGACGAGCCUGUUGACAUGCUCCCUAAAUCGAGAAAAGCGCUCAGCAUCCAGGAGAUCGCUGCACUGGCCCGGUCAUCGUUUAAUGGUAUCUCUCAGGUGGUGAAGGAUCAUGUGACCAAGCCCACGGCGAUGGCACAGGGCAGGGUGGCCCACCUGAUCGAGUGGAAAGGCUGGUCCAAACCGUUCGACCCGUCGUCCGCCACCCUGCAGUCCCACUUCAACUCCUACUCCCACCUGAGCGAGGGCGAGCAGGAAGCACGGUUCGCUGCAGGAGUAGCGGAGCAGUUUGCAAUCGCGGAGGCGAAGCUCCGAGCCUGGAACUCGGUUGAUGAAGAGGAUGUGGAUGAAGACUGUUCUGAAGAUGAUCUCCCACAGACUAACGACCUCACCAUCACCACCCAGAGCUCAGACGCCGUGCUGUCCAAUCAGUUGCCGUGCCAGGCUGAAGCUGACCUUGAAGCACUGGUGGACGACCGGACCGUCCUGCGGGACUCCAGUCUCUGCCAGGUGAGCUGUGAAGACGAGUCCCUCGUGGACGUACUUCCGAAAGGAGUCGACAAACUGGGGGUCGGCGAGGUAUGCAAGGCGGACCGUCGGCUGCUCUGGAGCCGGGGGGAUUCCUGCUACCAUUCCACGUCCUACUCCGAGUCUGGCCUUUCUCCAGAAGAGGAGGAAGAGGAAGAGGGACGGGAGGACGAGGAAGGGGAGGACAAUGUGUUCCAGGAGGUGAUCCGCUGGUACAGCCGCUGCCGGAGCAUCUCCGAUACGUCUGGAGCGGCGUCCUUCGACGAUGAUGAUAGAUCACUUUAGACAGUGAUGCUCUACUAUCCCUCUGUCUCUCUUUCUCUCUCUUUUAUCUUUUUCUCUCUUUCUGUCUGUCCCUAUCUAUCUCUUACUAUCUCUACAAUUCUUCUUCUACUAUAUGUAUCUCCUAAUGUUUCUUCAGAGCAGUGGUCACCAUCCGUCCACUUGUGGAAGUACUUGACAGCUCUACUGUUUUCUUGAAUACUUCAGUUUUACUGGUGCUAAAGCGAAUGCUAAAGCUAAUGCUAAUGCUGAAGCUUCGACCUGCUCCAGCCACUGAAUGUGUUCGGUUGGUUGAGUCAGGCAAGACCUUGGUAUAAUGUCUCAUAGCCUCAUAUAUUAUCUUGUUGCCUCAAUAUCAAUAUUAUGUCAUGGUUGAACACAGUUCUGAGUGAAAUCUGUUGUGAAAAACUGCCUAGUUCAUCUUUGUGGAGAGCUCGGCGAGUUCUUUGCCAUGAGGCGGCAUGUUGAAACUCCAGUGGUCAGUAUGAGGGAAUUGCACCCAAAACACAAAGUUAUAACCAAGAAUGAAUUCUAUAGUCUUUUGCUGUGAAAAUAUAUAAUAAAAUAUACUGUAUAUGUAGUUAACCAUUUGACCAAUCAGGGAAUGGUGACUACUGCUCUACAAUCUAUCUUCUCUACGAUCUAUCAAUCGAUACUUUCAAUCUUCUGCAUUUGACUCUACUCUUCUCUCACCGCCUGGUCCAGACUCUUCUUCGCCCCUCUCCUCGACCUUAGUCACUUUCUCAUUCUCCUGUGACCUUUGACCUCUGCGUCCUGUGUUCCGAUUGGAGGUUAGAGUGGUGUGGGCGGAGACUGUAUCCUCAGGUGACUGGGAUUGGAUUGGACAGCACCAGCCUCAGCACCGGACUGUACCGCUGAACUCUGAUUGGUACAGGGAGUCUCACUGUGGCGAUUACACCCAAAUACGUUCGGAUUGGUCAUAUUGGGUAUUGAUUAUGGUUAUUGAUUAUGGUAAUUGAUUUUGAAUUAUGCAGUAAAAUCGCCACUUCAUUACACCCUCAUAGCCCACUAUAGAACACAGCAGGAGGCGGGACUAUCUCCAGGUCCUAAACGAGUCGAGCUAAAAUGCUAAUGUUGCUAACAGUAAGAAGCUAAUAGCCGCUAAUCAGACUCUGAAGUGGUGUUGUAGUUCUGUAGUAGGUGUCGUGCCCAUAUAAGAAACUGGGAUCUAAGCUGUAUUGCAACUUUUGUUGCAAUAUAUAUAUAUAUAUAUAUAUUAAACAUAUAUUUGAAAAUAUAACUAUAAUUAUUAAACAUAAUAUUGUAGGGCAAAGUGCAAUUAUUGUGGUUGUUUUCAAUACGGCAUGGACAAAUAAUAUAUUUUAUAUAAUAUAUAUAAUAUAUUUAUUUCAUGGCCUCUAGAAACUUAAUCUGUGACCUCACUUUAUUACUAUAUCCCAGCUACAAUGUAUUAUUUUGUAGCCUAAGUAUAUUAUCUUCUGCUCUUAAUAUAUAGGCAUGCCCUCAGUAUAAUAUCUCAUUGCCCCAGUAUAUUAUCUUGUGGCCUCCAUUUAUUAUCUUCCAGCCUCAACCUAUUAUCUAAUGGCCUCAAUUUAAUAUCCAAUGGCUUCAAUUUAUUAUCUGAUGACCUCAAUAUAUUAUAUGCUCUGUAUUAUAUAUGCCUCAAUAUAAUAUCUCACAGCCUCAUUAUAAUUUGCAUGGUCUCAAUUUAUCUAGGUGCCUCAAUGUGUUAUCUCGUGAACUCAGUAUAAUAUCUCAUGCCCUCAAUUUAUUAUCUUAUUGCCACUAUAAACUUUAUUAGUGGCCUCAGUACAUUUUCUCAUGAAUUCAAUAUAACAUCUCAUACUCUCAAUGAAAGUGUAUUGUAUUGUCAAUAUACUAUUUUGUGGCCAUUAUAAUGUCUUGCAACAGGGUAUUAUCUUGUGGCCUCAAUAUAUUACAUUUUCGCCUUUCAAAACUCUAUUUGUAGCCUCAAUAUAUUCUCCAAUGGCCUCAAUAUAUGCUUUUGUGGCCUUAACUUAUGCUGAGGUCAAGGCAUAGCAUUUUGGGGCUCUGAGAUAUUAUCUUGUGGUCUCAGCACAUGUCGUAGCCUUGGUCUAUUGUCUAGUGUGGCCACAAUGCAUUUUCUAAUGCCUCAAUUAACACUGGCGCCAAGUCUUAACUUAUUAGGACCAUAGAAUAUUAUCUUGUGGUCUCAACAUAUUCUUCUGCAACUUAAAGGAGAAAUCCAUUGUGAAAUUAACUUGGUUGUAGUAAAACAUGAUAACGAGUCUUAACAAACUGUAGUUUAAUAGCCCACUUCUGUUCGCUUUAGCAUUUCAAAAUACAAUGUUUUUAGCUGAUGCUCCCAACAGGCUUACAAUGCAAGUGAUAGGGGCAUAUAGUUACCCGUGCAAAGAAAUCACUACUUUUACUCACAGUAGCUUCAAACUUCAUUGAAAGAAUUUUAAAGGAAGUUAACAUUUAAAAUGAGGCACUGAGAACUUUGAAAGUGUUUAUUAAAAAUAGUUUAUUAAAAACAACGUAGAACCUGGAGCUAGUUGGGAGCAUUGGCUAAAAUUGCUAAAUUUUAGAAUGGCAAAUUAUUAUAAUACUUUUAUAAAUGGCAUGAAAUUUCUUAAUGCCAACUACAGAGCAUCAGGUCACUUCGGAAGUCUUUUAAAGAUGAUGUCAUUUGCAUAAUGCUAAGUACCUAUACCUGCGUCUAUUUGCUUUAAUUGUUAGCAACAAUAGCAACAUUAGCAUGAUUGACUAGCGUUACUGACUAAUGACUAAGUCUUUAAAGGAGAAUGUUUAUGAAUGUUUCUCUUUUUUAUUUUAUUUCUCUUUUAUAAAUUGACGCAAAGUAAUUUUAGCUUGUAGUCUGUUCUCUUUUAUUUGUUCGUUUUUUCGUUUUCGAUGUAAAAACUGAACUGAACUGAAUUGAGGGGAACUGAUGCAGAAUCUCUCGGUCGUCGUCGGUGGUGAUGAACAGAAUGUGCCCAUUUUACUACGAUCACUGUGUGAUGUUGUACCUCAAGAAAACUGAAUGACACUGUUGCGUCUCGUCUUUCUUCUUCUUCUCCUCCUUCUUCUUCUCGCUGUGGUCGGUUUCUCCGUACUGUGCGACUGUGCCGUGGAAAAUUCGCCGAGCCGCUGAAUGAAAAGGUUGAUGCUUUCGUUUUGCGGAGGACGUGCUGUAUGUUCCCGCCAACCUUGAGAUGCGGCUCGUUUUACGAAUGAUAGUGAACCCUAGAACCGUGUAGUGUAAGUGGAAGAACACGUUCUCGGUAGAACCGUCGUUUAGAACCUCAUUUAGAACCUCGAUGACCUGCAUGAUAAAAACCACAGUGGCGUAAAACUGGUGACUCAUGAUCUACAUGGCAUUAUUCUGACCUUAUAAUAUAAAUGUGGCCUGGUGAUGUCACUGUGUUUAUUUGUGAGUGUGUUUGCGCGAGUGUGUGUUUGCGCGAGUGUGUGUUUGCGCGAGUGUGUGUUUGCGCGAGUGUGUGUGUGAGGACGUUUUGGAUUGUGAGGACGUUUGAUGUGCAGACCCUCUUUAUCUCAGUUUUAUCUCUUUUUUUAAUCCUUUGUACAAGAAAAAAAAAACUAACAACAAAUGUGACGACGACUGCAUUAAAGCUGAUGAGUGUACCUUC